GCAUCUUCACAAGAUGAGACUGAAAAAUGGAGGGUUUAUAUUCUCAGCCUUGCCUGGGGGAGGAUACCAGACGACUGCCAGUUAUUGCCUGGAUUUAUGAUUGACAUCCAAACAGCUUUGAAGGCUGAACAAGAAUUAAAAGCACCGACUGGAGUGAAAAAAACACCACUAAUAUCAGGCAGUUUAAGAACAAGAGGCCCAGACAGUUCUGUGAAAUCAUCUAAUGGACGUGGAAGUACAAGCUCAACUUUGUCAAGAAAUUCUUCCCAUGAUAGUUGGCGUUCUUCUCGGAGCAGUUGUGGUUCAAUGGAGUAUCGGUUUUAUGAUGAUCAUUUAAAGAAUUGCAAAGAAGCCACUUGGUUAUUUCACAACAUAACCAGAGAAGAUGCAGAAAAUAUUUUAUGGAACAACACAGACAAGGGAGACUUGUUGAUCCGAGAAAGCGAGUCAUUCAAUGGAGAUUAUGUGAUCUCGGCGAGACUACAGAACAAUGAUCAAAUAUAUUGUAUACAACACUAUCACAUCAUGAAAAAGGGAGAAUUGUUCAAGCUGGACAUUGAUGAGGAACAUCCACCUGUACUGAACUUGUACGAAAUGUUGAAUUAUUUCAUAGACAAAACUGAUGGUCAACUGAGGCCACUAAUGACCAAUGACCUUACCGAGUUAAAAUUACCAAGCAAUAUUUAUUCAAGGGAACUAGUUAAAAUUAUAAGAGCUGAUCAGGAUCCUGAUAGUGGGGAAUGGGGUCCAAAACCUGUGUCGCAAGAAGUGAUUGAUCAAGAAGAUUAUUUAGUACCAGCAGACAUCAUGCCACUGACUCCUGACAUCAACAGAGCACCAGAUCCACCUAAAAAUAUUCCCGAAACGCAAGGAGCAACAACUGAUGACGUUUUUUCUCCCCCAAGAGCUGCUGCACAACAACCAAGACGAAGAAGAGUUUCAGAACCUGCCACUAGAGCACCCAAUCUCAGUGAACUUUAUAAUAAUUAUCAGAACCAACCGGCCUUACCACCACGUAAUGUACCGCUACCACCACCACCACCACGAAGUCGCUGUCGAAGGUGUUCCGAGCCAUUAAUUACACUCAAUCCCGACCAUCCACUUCUCAGAACAAAUCGUAGUGGCAGCAGUCAAGAACUCAGUGACUAUAAUGCUCACCAUGAAGAAUCAAAUGUCACCCCAAUCUUGAUUCCACCACCAUUACCUCCCAUGCCUCAAUUACCACCAUUGCCACCUCCACCACCACCACCACCACCACCACCGUCACCGCCACUGAAUACACUACCACUACCAGAAGUGUCAGAGGGAUCUACAUCAAUGCCAUCACCUCCCAAACCAGCAGUACAACCAAGGCAGCCAAGAAAUCCGAUGGCCUGUGUACAAGAAGAACUGAUAAGCAAACUAAACACAAUCUCACAGUGAUGAUGUAUUAUAGUAAACCUUUCACAGUGUUGAUUUA